GCCGCGGGGACAUGCCGGUGCCUGGAUGUGCGGGUGCCUUCAGGCGCGUUCGGCCAGUGCUGGAGCUCUUAAAGCUCACCGGAGGGCCUCCCGAAUUUAUUCUUUCCCCCGGAUGUUUAUGUGAAUACUGUGUCCUUGUACUUUUGUUGUGGCGUGCCUGUGGCACAAAACCACGUGAGUCCCAAAGAUCCCAGCUUAUCCCUGAUCGUGGCGCUCCCUCUGCCGACAGCCGCCGCUCUGCUCUGCCCCGCCGCCAGGAAGAGAAGAUGGAAGGAUUGUUGCCAGGUCGGUGAUGAUAAAAGAAUGGAAUAGGACAGACAGUUGCAGUCGGAUUGUCCAGCUAUACUGUUAGGAUUUUUGGCAAAGAAGAGAAGAUACUCUAAAAUACAGAACACCAGUAUGGAAGCUAAAACCAGUGAAGAUCAUUUGAAAGUCCAGAAAAUGAAGAAGAAGGUAUUGAGGAAGCAGGUCAGAGCUCAGCAUACAUUGAUGAGACAUGAGGGCAUAGAGUGCGUCUCCCAUGCCACACAGAGUCUGGUUAUUGCCAAUGCUGGUCUUGGUAAUGGGAUGAGUAGACAGCAAUUGCUCAGAAUACUAGAAGAAUAUGGAGCAAUGGAAACACUCUUAAUGCCACCAAAUAAACCAUACUCAUUUGUGAAAUACAGAAAAACAGAAGAAGCCAAGAAAGCCUUUAAUGCCCUUAAUGGAAAGGAAGUAACACUGGAAGACUGUGACCAAAACAUUGUUCUAUAUAUUAAUUUUGUGGAAAAAGUUUCCUUGCAAAAUGCUGUUCCUACAAGCUUGCCUCCAGGCUUAAUGGUAAUUGAAAAGAUUAUUUCUCCAGAGGAAGAAAGGAGGAUGUUGGAAAGUAUUGACUGGAAAGGAGAUGAAGAUACUCAGAAUGCCCAGAAGACUUUAAAGCAUAGAAGAGUAAAGCAUUUUGGAUAUGAGUUUCGCUAUGAUAACAAUAAUGUUGAUAAAGACAAGCCAUUACCUGGAGGUCUUCCUGAAAUUUGCAACCCAUUCUUGGAGAAGUGCUUAAAGCAGGGAUAUAUCAAACAUAAACCUGAUCAACUGACUGUAAAUCAGUAUGAACCUGGACAAGGAAUUCCCCCUCAUACUGAUACACAUUCUGCUUUUGAAGAUGAAAUAAUCUCUCUCAGUUUGGGAGCUGAGAUUGUGAUGGAUUUCAAACACCCUGAUGGCCAUACAGUGGCAAUUAUGUUGCCCCGAUGCAGCUUACUGGUGAUGACUGGAGAAUCCAGAUACCUGUGGACACAUGGGAUCACACCCAGAAAAUAUGAUGUUGUUCAAGCAUCAGAACUUGGGCAAAAAGUUAGAACAAUCACUGCUGAUGUUGGAGAUUUAACAUUAAAUCGAAGGGAAACAAGAACAUCAUUUACAUUCAGGAAAGUGAGGAGAAGCCCUUGCAAUUGCAUUUACCCAUCUGUCUGUGACAGCCAGAAAGGACAGCAGAGACCGGUGCAACCUUCAUUUCCCCAGAAUGAGAUGGAAGCCUCAAAGCUGGAACAAGAAUACGUACACAAGGUGUAUGAAGAGAUUGCCACACACUUCAGCAGUACCAGGCACAGCCCAUGGCCCCGAAUUGUAGAGUUUCUCAGGUCCUUGCCUACAGGGUCAAUAGUGGCUGAUAUUGGUUGUGGUAACGGGAAGUACCUCGGCAUCAAUGAGGAUUUGUACAUGGUUGGCUGUGAUCGCAGCAAAAACCUGGUGGAUAUUUGUGGAGAAAAACAUUUCCAGGCGUUUGUCUGUGAUGCCCUGUCAGUGCCAAUCCGCAGCGGUUCUUGUGACGCCUGCAUCUCUAUUGCUGUAAUCCACCACUUCUCAACAGCAGAGCGGAGACUGGCUACUAUCCGGGAACUAGCUCGGCUUCUAAGACCUGGUGGAACAGCACUCAUUUAUGUCUGGGCAAUGGAACAAGAAUACAAAAACCAGAAGUCUAAAUACCUUAAGGAAAAGAAUGGUAGUAAAAACAAAGACAAGGAAACGAAUACUGGCACAGCCCAGAGACCACUUAGUGAGCAAGGGCCUGAUAACAGCAGCCAAGACUCUGCAUGGUCUGACCAACUCCUUAAUGACUUGAAGGAUGAAAGCUGUGAUGCCAAGCCAGUAGCAGACUUCAGACUGCCUGUUCACACUAACAGAACCUCCUUUCACUCUCAAGAUUUGCUGGUUCCCUGGCACCUGAAAGGUGGUACAAAAAAGAAAGAGGAAAAUGUUGAUACAAUGUUGGUUCCAGGUGGCUCCAAAGAAUUACAAGAACUCAGCCCUGUUUUCCACCGCUAUUACCAUGUGUUCUGUGAAGGGGAACUGGAAGCAGUGUGUAGAUCCCUGGAUUGUGUGAGAGUUCAAAAGAGUUACUAUGAUCAGGGAAACUGGUGUGUGAUUCUAGAAAAGUUGUAGACUAUUAUGCUUCCUCUACUAUCUGUAGAGUUUUCUUUGUUUUUUACAGUGGAAGGUAUUUUGUGAAAGGUAUUUUUAAUGCAUGCUGCAGCUAUUAUCUCUUUUAAAAUAGCAGAAUAAAUAUUGUGUAUUAAAUUAAUAA